GUCCGGACCUGUUUAAAUCCUCUGGAAAAAUUGUCGCAAUUAUUCAAUUUACACCAAAUUAUUUAACACUCAAACAAAGUUUUGGAUCCAAGUAAUUUGCGUUAGCUCAAGCUAAUUAAAAUAUAAUGGAGGAGGCGUAGAACAAAUUCGUGUCAUAACAUCGAAGAGGGUCAACAAUUACAGAUUGGCGCAGUGGGGGUGUAAAAAUGGCCGCUUGCAACAAUUGAAAGUGUUUUAAAUGUCACGAUACAAAUUCUUAUUAUUAAUUGAUCUCAAUUAAGAAGGUUCUUGUAAUGUUAGCUACAGAUGAGUGACGGGGUCGUUGGGGCCAUGCCCGGUGUGACGGGCGAGUGGCGACUGCGGCAGUUGGAGUCCCUCUUCUUGGGCGGCCCUGUCCACGCGAAGGGUCAAAGUUUUAGCAUCGAAACGCUGAUCGACGUUCUGAUUAUAUUGUACGACGAGUGCUGCAAUUCAAGCCUGCGACGGGAGAAGACCGUUUCCGAUUUCAUCGAGUUCGUUAAACCCGUCGCGACAUGUAUCAAAUCGUUGAGGCUCACGAGAGAGGACUUCGAGAUAAUUAAGGUGAUCGGUCGCGGCGCUUUCGGCGAAGUUUGCGUUGUUAAGAUGCGCGGGUCCGAUAAGGUGUUCGCAAUGAAGAUUUUGAACAAGUGGGAGAUGCUGAAACGUGCCGAAACCGCGUGCUUUCAAGAGGAACGGGACGUACUCGUGUUCGGCGAUCACAGGUGGAUCACACAUUUACAUUUUGCCUUCCAAGAUGAGAAUAAUUUAUAUUUAGUAAUGGAUUAUUAUUGCGGCGGUGACCUUUUGACGUUGCUUAGCAAAUUUGAAGAUCGUCUUCCCGAAGAUAUGGCUCGGUUUUAUAUUGCCGAAAUGGUGCUAGCUAUCGAUUCUAUUCAUAAUCUUAGAUACGUGCAUAGGGACAUAAAACCGGAUAACGUACUGUUAGACGCCAACGGUCAUAUCCGUUUGGCGGACUUUGGUAGUUGUUUACGACUGAAUGAUGAUGGUACCGUCCAAUCCAAUGUCGCUGUUGGAACGCCAGAUUAUAUUUCACCCGAAAUAUUGAGGGCGAUGGAAGAUGGGCAGGGCAGAUAUGGGCCGGAAUGUGACUGGUGGUCUUUAGGCGUUUGCAUGUACGAAAUGCUCUACGGGGAGACGCCCUUUUACGCCGAAAGUCUGGUCGAAACCUACGGCAAAAUAAUGAACCACAAGAAUUGCUUCGACUUCGCGACGGACGUCGAGGUCUCGGACGCGGCGAAGGACCUGAUCCGUCAGCUGAUCUGCAGCCAGGAGUUUCGUCUCGGACAGAACGGCAUACAGGAUUUUAAGAAUCACGCGUGGUUCGAGGGGGUAGAUUGGAAUGGUAUCCAAGAUGGCGCCGCUCCGUACAUACCGGAAGUGUCCAGUCCGACAGAUACAUCGAAUUUCGACGUGGACGAUGCGGAUAUUCGCGUAUCCGACGCCGUGCCUCCUACUGGUAACUCCGUUUUCACGGGGCUACAUUUGCCUUUCGUGGGCUUUACGUUCACGCAAGGAAGUUGUAUAUCUGACUUAGGUUGUAUUUCGACGAAUAUAACGUUUAACAACAUUGUAAAUAGUUCGGAUCGGCAGAUCAAGCGGAACCACGACGACAUCAUGUCGCUAGCUUUAAAUCAGGAUAAGAUAGAGUUAGAUAAGAAAAUGUCGCCGGAUAGCACGCGAAAAUUACAGGACGAAAUCAACGUACUUACGAAGCGAAAUUGCGAGCUCGAAUCUCAAUUACGAAACCUCGAAGCGGGACAUUCGAAUGAUCUUAAGCUCGACUCGGUGGACGGAGAGAGUGGCAAAUCGAAAGAAUUGGAAAAAAUCGUCAAAAUUCUAAAGCAAGAAAAGGACGAGGCGUUAAAAGAUAAACAGGACUUGUACGAGAAAAUUAAGCUACAAGAUAAAGAGCUGAAGGACGCGUUAGCACAACGAAAACUGGCAAUGGCAGAGUACUCGGAGGUGUCCGAUCGGCUCUCCGAGCUGCGACAGCACAAGCAGAAGCUCUCUCGACAGGUUAGGGACAAGGAGGAGGAGUUGGAGACGGCGAUGCAAAAGGUCGACGCGCUCAGGCACGAUAUACGUAAGGCGGAGAAGCUUCGGCGCGACUUGGAGUCGCGAAUCGAAGAAGCGCUGGCCGAAGCUUCGAAGGAGAGAAAACUACGCGAGCGAUCCGAGGAGUACUGCCGUCAGAUACAGGUCGAGUCGGAUCGGUUGCGCGUCCGAAGCGACAUCGGAUCGCGCGAUCAGCAAGACGCGCAACGGCUCAAGGCGGAGCUGGAAAAACUCGAGCUUCAGUACAACGAAAGUCUAACGCAACAGCAGGCGAGGUACAACAUGGAGCUUUCGUCGUUACGAGAGCAAUUGAACGAGGCCGAAAAUCACCGGGACAUCUUGGAGCGAGAGGUACAUUUAUUAAAAGAUCGACAAGAGAAAGCUAGGGUAGAGACGAUCGCCGACUCUGAGCAGGUCAUAAUGGAAUUAAAUCGCCGGCACGAACGAGAAAAAAUUAUGUUGCGGGAGGACAAUAGUAAAUUGCACUCGAAUAUUAAUUUAUUGACAGAGCAAAUGUCGCAUCUGCAAAACGAUCGGGCGGCAAUCGAAGCGGAGUACGAGCAGUUGCGCAACAAGCAGGAGAGCCUGGGCCAGUGGGAGUCGCAGCUGUCCGAGAUUAUUCAGUGGGUUAGCGACGAGAAGGAUGCCCGCUCGUAUCUCCAAGCGCUCGCUUCGAAGAUGACCGAGGAGUUGGAGUAUUUGAAGCAUUCAGGUGUCUCGAACGCGGUGGUCACGGGCGACAAGAACUGGCGAAAUCGGCGUUCGCAGAAGUUGGACAAGAUGGAGCUGCUCAACUUGCAGAGCUCGCUCCAGUCCGAGAUUCAGGCGAAGCAGACGAUCAGCGAGGAUCUGAGCAAGACGAGGGCGGAACUGCUCGCCGCGCAAAAGGAGCUGCGCGAUUACAGACAACGAAACGAUGCCUUAAACACGGAUCUGAAACGGAAAGAUAAGCAGAUAAAGGAUCUGCAAGGUCGGCUGGAUUCGGGAGAAGGAUCGAGUAUCGGAAUGCCGGCCUGCGCUCGACACCAAAGCAAGGUUCUCGAACGUCCGUCGUCCCAAAUGUCGUAUCUAGAUCAAUUUCUAAAAGAAACGAACUCAACGCAACAAUCUCAAGUGCACGCCGUCCAACAGCAGCAGUACGAGGCGAGCACCGUUCAAGGUCUUCUCUACCAAGGCUCGAUGGAAUCGGAAGACGGCGACAUCGAAGACAACCGCGCGCUCAGCGUUACGAACUCGAAGAGCAACCUGUCCGAAUUGAGCUUGCACGACGCCCAAUCGCCGGUCAAGCACAAGUCGCACCAGUUCUUGGUUCGUACGUUCUCGAGCCCGACGAAGUGCAGCCACUGCACGUCGUUAAUGGUCGGUCUGAUGCGUCAAGGUAUGGUCUGCGAAAUUUGUGGGUUUACGUGUCACACGUCGUGCUGUCCUCAUGUGCCCGUUGUGUGUCCCGUUCCGGCCGAUCAAACUAAGCGGCCGCUUGGGAUCGAUCCGACGAGGGGAAUUGGAACCGCGUACGAGGGGUACGUUAAGGUGCCCAAGCAGGGAGGCGUUAAGAAAGGUUGGGUACGGCAGUUUGUCGUCGUGUGCGACUUCAAGCUGUUCCUCUACGACAUCUCGCCGGAUCGCAACGCGCUCCCCAGCAUUCACGUCGCUCACGUCCUGGACAUGCGCGAUCCGCAAUUCACCGUGACGAGCGUGCGCGAAUCGGACGUGAUUCACGCGAACAAAAAGGACAUCCCGUGCAUCUUUCGGAUAACCAGCUCGCUGAUGGAGCCGCCCGGUCCUCGAAACUCGACGCUCAUGCUGGCCGACUCGGAGAGCGAGAAGAACAAGUGGGUCGUCGCCCUCUCCGAACUGCAUCGUAUACUGAAACGAAAUAACCUGCCGAAUACCACAGUGCUUGUGGCUAGGGAUCUUGUAGAUAAUUCUUUAGCUCUUAUUAAGAAUACCUUAAGUGCCGCCAUUAUUGAUCCGGAUCGGGUCGUCGUCGGAGCCGAAGAGGGGCUCUACUGCGUGGAUUUGGACCGAACAGAAAUCGCGCGUGUCGGUGACGGUAAGAAGAUUUAUCAAUUGGAAUACAUCAGCGAGGAGCAUUUAUUGGUGGUGGUCAGCGGGAAACAAAGGCACGUACGGCUCGUGCCCAUUCGCGCACUAGACGGGGACGAUACGGAAUGGAUCAAAGUUGCGGAGAGCAAGGGUUGCUCAACGUUAGCCAUCGGAGCGGUUCUCCAAGCGCCUCUAACAUUUUGCCUUUGCGUCGCCGUGAAAAAACAACAAAACUCUUCGGCGAUUAUCGUGUACGAAAUAACACGCACCCGAACCCGUCACCAUCGUUUGCGAGAGCUGGGGUUACCGGUCACCGUGCAAAGCCUGCAGCUGCUCUCCGACGGAAAACUGUGCGUCGGGUCGUCGUCGAAUUUCACCUUGUACAGUCUGCAAGGCGACCAACCUCCAAUUUCUUUGCUCCAUCCCGAAAAUCCCCUGCAAGCAACGCUGGCGUGCAGCGGAGUCGAAGCGCUACGCGUCAUCGAGCUGCCCCGCAACGAGUUUCUCUUAGUUUUCGGCACCUUAGCUGCGUACGUCGAUCGGCACGGACGCAAAUCACGCGACCGCGAGAUCAUGUAUCCCGCACUUCCGACCGCCAUCUGUUAUCGCGACGGGCACCUGAUCGUUUACAGCGAAACGCACAUCGACAUUUUCAAUUGCGCCACCGGCGAGUGGGUGCAGACGUUGAACAUAAAGAGGGCGAAACCGCUAAACGACAGCGGUAGCCUUUCGAUGUGCGUGAUUCACGACUUGUGCCAUUUAUUGUAUGUUUCGAACAUCCAUCAACGUGAACUUAUAAAUCUGGACAACCUCGUCGUGCAAGAUCGCGAAGGUAGAACGUUGCAGCGGCCGAGGAGACGAUUUUCGCUACGCGAGGGUAACAGGGCACAGCGAUUAAGCAUGGACCGGCGAUCGAAAUUGAUAUCCGCGCCGACAAACUUCAAUCACAUCAGUCACAUGGGCCCCGGCGAGGGCAUUCAGCGUCAGCGCCUGAUCGACCUGACCACGGUGGUCACCACGCCCGAUCCGGGCUACGUACAGCUGCAGAGUAAGCCAUCGAAAAUGGCGCCCCUACCUCCGAAACAGAUCGAACGGCGACGACCCGAGAUAUCGAACCCGACCCCGAUCAAGUCGACGUUUCCCGCCUACAACAGCGUAAAGAGGGCGGCGCCGCCGCGACCGCGGGAUCUUCCGCCGGCGUUGCCACGACCAAUCGAUCCGUCGCCGUCACCCGACCCCGCCAGUAUAGGUAGCAUGUCUUCGUUACACGACAUAAUUAAGGGAACCGAGAAGAGCAGUCCACGUCAUUCGAUAGCGAGUAACAAUAGUUCAAAUUUAUCCACGCCACCGUCACCUCAAGCCGAGCACCACAGUUCAAGUUACGAGAGCUAAGCGUUUCGUUACGAGAGAGAGAGAAA